AUGGAUUGUACUGAUUUAGAAAAUCAAGAAUCACAAACUGUGGUAAAAUUUUUGGAAGCUUAUGUCCCCCGAUCCGAUAUAGUCAACAUUAGAACAGAACUUAAAAAAGACUUUUUACUUGGUAAGACAAAAACCAGGGAUCGUAAACUCAAGAUAAGAAAACGAAAAACGAGAUUAUUAACACGAAAAGAGAAGAAGAAUUUGGGUUUCUAUAUUAUUCCAAGAGGAAGUAUUAAAUAUAUUGAUUUUGAACCUCUACAUAAAAUUUGGGUAGAUUAUGUUAGCCAAAUUCUGGAACUAGAUAAAUCUGUUCCAGAUGUAACAAGCAAACAAUGGGAGCAAUUUACACAAACACUAUAUAAAGCAGACUUUAAUGGAAGCAUGUUGGAAGUUGUCCGUUCAAAGUGUCCUAGCUAUGUUGGUAAAAUAGGUAUCUGCAUUAUGGAUACAAAAAAUACCUUUAAAAUUGUAUCACCUAAUGAUUUAGUCACAACUAUACCAAAAAAAGAAAGCAUAUUCAAUGUGUACAUAAAAAAAUUGAAACUUAUAGUAUUUGGAAAACAUUUUUGUAUCAGACCAGCAGAAAGAUCAAGUAAAAAGUUUAAAAGUAUACUUCACCCAGAUUUAUAA